AGAGGUCGGCGGCGGCGGCGGUUGCCAUCACCCGCAAGCGAUGGACGCGGACGGUUUGCCGUUGGUCGGCUCCGGCAUAGACUUGACCAAAGUACCAGCCAUACAGCAGAAGAGGACCGUGGCGUUUCUUAAUCAGUUUAUUGCACAUACAGUCCGUUUUUUGAAUCGAUUUUCAACAGUUUGUGAAGAGAAAUUGGCCAGUCUUUCUCUCCGUAUCCAGCAGAUUGAAACUACCCUUAAUAUCUUAGAGGCAAAGCUCUCCUCAAUUCCUGGGUUGGAAGAUGUUAAGGUGGAAACAUCAAAUCAGAGUCAGACUAUAACAAACGGUCCAUCCUCUGUGAGCGAAACAACCCAACAACAGCAAGCAUCUGGAUCUCUGCCUCAUGAGACACAACAGAAUAACACUGAAUCUUCAACCCAGCACAAAGCAGACAUACCUGCUGAGAAUAUUGUUACAGUAGCCAAAGACCCUCGAUACGCAAGAUACCUGAAAAUGGUGCAAGUGGGUGUUCCUGUAAUGGCAAUCAGGAACAAAAUGAUUUCUGAAGGACUUAACCCUGAUUUAUUGGAGACUCCAGACGCUCCUGUUCCUGAUGGAGUUAAAGAGGAUGAAGAAGCCAACAAUUCUGGCAGUGAGUCCUCAUUCAGUGACUGAAAAAGGAGCUGGAAGAAUAUCAUUGAAUUUUAGUCAUUCUGGGGGAGGAAAGUUGUUCAUCAAAUGGGAUCUUAUGUCACUUCUAUUUUUAUGCAUAAAUGCAGUGUGGACAGCUCCAACUAAAAUUGUGGCACAAAUCUACUCGUAACAAAAUUUCAAGAUGUGCAAACCUUGAGAGCACUGAGAGUUGUGCUGAAUGGGGCAUACUCUGCCCUUCCAUUUUUCUCUUCCUGCACUUUGCUCUUCCUCCCCCGGCUCCCUUUCUAAUUUUUGACUGAUUUGUGGCCCCUGAUUCUAACCUCAGUAUUUCAAAUGUGGCUUCAACGAUUUGUGUUGACAAAACAAGUAGGUGCUGCAAAGCUACUGUGAGGAUCAAAUUCUUUUUAAAGGUUUUUCUUCAAAUGUUCCUGCAUUGUAUUUUUUUCUUUCCAAAUUGGAGUACAAAGAGUAACCAUGGAUAAUAUUCUAGAUUCUGAGCAGUUUGUUCAGAUUCUGUUUGGGCCAAUACUGUUUGAAGUUGAUAUUUUGAUAAACAGUUGCAGGAAUGGUAAAACUGCUAUGUGACCUAAUCUUACCCAAUAGCCUGGAAUGAUUCGCUUGGCACUAAGUACUUUUCUCAACCAAAGGAGAAGCAUCAGACUUCUGCUCACUGCUUCCCUUUGAUAAUCCAAAUGAUACAAGGAAAUGGUGUACCAUCCCCUUUGUUAUAAAUGUCACAUCAAAACUAUUUCAUUCUUGGAUGAUGCAUAUAAAUUUAAAUAGAACAAAUGAACCAUUUCAAUCUGUGAAGUUGAACAGGUUGACCCGUUACACUUUAUCGGGCACAUUUUUAAUAUGGCUUUGCUAAAGUUGGUGCUAAUCCUUAAUACAACUGCAGAUGCUGAACAUUGACUAGUUAACAUUUCUGAUGUACUUUAAUUGCGUUUAACUUCUACAUAAAUCAGUCUGAAGAACUGCAGUAUUAAUGGAAAACAAAGUUGAAAGAUAUUCAUUAAUUUUUUUAAAAAAUUCCUUCAUUUGAAAUCGUUGAAUGAACAGUUUAAUUUUAAAUCCUUUCAAAAAAUUAUGUGUAGUAGACUAAGUGAAAAUGCUAACAUUUGUUUGCUGGGAUAAACAUUACAAAUUCUGCAAUUUACUUGCCUAAUGUGUCAACUUCUGUUGGAAACUGUCUUGCAAUUUAAUUUUUUAACUUGUACUUAACAAACCUCAUAACCAAUUAUGAAAGCGGCACAGAAGUGGGCUACAGCAUUAUUCUUUAUCUUGUUUCCUGGAUCCGAAUUAAAUUAGUUCAGCUGGAUUGAUGUCUUUUCACUUUGCUGGCUGCAGUAGCCCUAAAUAGAGUUAGCUAACAUCAGUCUGUCUUGUUUCUAGCGGGCAUAGAUGCAUAGCAAAAUACUCAUUCAAUGCUUAAACAGCAAUUCGGUUGAAGAAACCCAGAAAUAACUACUGUGGGAAAUGAUAAAAUUAACACUUUUGUUUGGUAGGAUGUGUUCUCAUCUUGAGUUUGGGAAACAAUGGAGGGAACAUUAUUCUACAACUCACUAUGGAGGAAAGUGGGUGCCUGCAAUGGCACAGGUGUUCUUUCUGUUCCCCAGUACUAAUGUCCCUCGCUGUAAUGAACGUGAACAUUCACUAAAAGCUCUGUUUCCGUAUUCCAAACAAAGUCUCUUUUGGUUUUAAUUCCUGAAAUGGAUUUUGUGCAGUUCUCUUUUCAGCACUGCUGCACUUAUUACGAAGCAUGACAAAAGGCAAUAUACUUAACACCUCAGAUGUGGGAAAAUCUGUCAGCAGUGAAUAGACAUUCAUGGUUCAGUCCUUUCAUUUGAAUAUUGAAUGUUGGUUGGUUGAAAGGCAUCCAGUUGCACUUGAUUUGAUGAGACCUUGAUGAAUUCACUUUAGAACUGCGAUGCAGUGUCACUGAUCACAGAUAGUCGGGACAUCCAGCACUUGUCGGAGAGUAUGAGCUGUAUUACUGUACACAGUAUUAUAACCUUACCUGGUGCAUGUGCUUGAGGGAGCAGAAGAGAAUAUUUCAAGAUUCAAGGCUCUCGUCACUCGUUUUGAGUUUAACGAACUUCUUUUUUUUUUCUGAUAUACUUCACCUUUACCACGUCCUGCACUUUCGUCCCUCUUCUGCAGUAAGUAUUUUGGUUUUGUGUAUAUUAGAAGGAUUUCAAAAAAAUACUGUGAAGCAUUGUGGAGUUCAGAUGGAAUUAAACUGCUCGUUUUAUUCUU